AGUUCUGUGAUAUAACCUAAAUAAACCUAAAUGAAUGAGCGACCGAAUAUUUAUUUAUAUUAUUAUACAUGGAUAAGAAUUUCUUAACAUUAAUUUUCCAUCCGAUUUUUCAUCGCAUAAGAAAGUAAUAUAAAUUUUUUCAAGAUGGUUUUUUGGUGACCCAGCCCAAUCCGAUGAAUUCACUGUAAACUUUACUGUCCUCAACAUAAAUGGUUUGAUUUAAAAGGACCUUUCAAUAUUCAUCAUGAAUACAUGGAUACAAUUCACAACAUUGCCACUUGAAGUGGCAAAAUACAUACCAAUCCAACAUAUAACUUUGUCUACCAAGCAAAAAGUUAUUGUUAUUUCACUGACAGCCAGUGUUGCAGUUGUUGGAAUGCUGGCUAGAUAUUUAAGAAGACCAAUAGUGACCAUUAAUCCUACAACUACAAAUUAUAGGACUUAUGGAAAACGUUCUAGAAUGUCAGGACUAAGAAGUCCAAAUGGUGACGGAGCCAGUUUUGCCAGUAGUGGUCGCAGAAGUGCAGUUUUAAGUAAUUCAUAUGCUAGACAAGGCUCUGUAAUAGCUUGUGAUAAAACUUCAAUAGCUUCUGGAAGCAUUUUAAAUGGAAGUGUAACUUUACAAGAAGGGGUUAAUACUGCUUUGACUCCACAACAAUUAGGAGUUAUGGGCAUGGAAGCCUUGGAAACUUGUAUUACUUACUGGGAAGAUGCUCUAUCUGCAUACAGAUCGAAAGAUGCAUCAGGUCCGUUGGCUGUUCUGGGUCCUGAAGAAGCUAGUUUCUGUAGAGAUUUGCAUAACCUUCUGGAAUCGGCAAUUGAAUUACAAAAUACAUCAGAGAUGCUAUUUCUAGACGAACGUUCGGUGCUUUUCAGAGGAGAAUCUACACCAGUACCUGGCCAGGAUGCGGAUAUUUCUGGUGGUGAAAGUUUUGCGUCUGCUCAAGAUAUGGUCGCAGAUUUGAGAGAAUUUGAAGAUUUCUCAGAGUUUUUUCCAGACCUUGAGGAAUUCCCCCUUUACCAACAGGCUUUAAAACAGUUGGAAAACAGUGGAAUACCUUGUCGUUCAUUAAGGACUGAGCUAGUGAAAUGUGGAAGUGAUGUUGAGUAUUUAGCGAAACUCCAUUGUCUGCGGCUGGCUUUUCAACAUAUCUUGAGGGAUCAGAAGAAUUACAUAUGGUUUGUGGAUGCUGGAAGACAAAUUUUAGUAGAUAUGCUGCUCUAUGGGGAUAGAGAUCCAAAAGAAUUUUUAAUAGGUUAUGAAGAAUUAUUGAAAUACAUACAAGACCACAAAAACUGGAAUGAACUUGAGGACGAACUCAGAAAUAAAGGAGUGAAAGCAUUAACAUUCUAUGAUGUUGUUUUAGAUUAUAUUUUAAUGGAUGCCUUUGAGGAUUUGGAAAGUCCACCCUCAUCUGUCACUGCAGUAGUUCACAAUCGAUGGUUAUCUAAUAGUUUCAAAGAAACUGCUCUGACAACUGCUGUGUGGUCAGUUUUGAAAGCAAAGAGACGAAUGCUCAAAUACCCCACAGGAUUCAUGGCACACUUUUACACAAUUUCUGAACAACUAAGUCCCUUAUUGGCGUGGGGUUUUUUAGGGCCUGAUGAAUUGCUCAGGGAUACCUGCCUAUUUUUCAAACAACAAGUGAUGGAAUUCCUCAUAGACAUUUUCAAUUUUCAAAAAUGCAAAUAUGUGACUGUUGAAAGUUUAGCAGAUGAUGUAAUUCAAAAUAUUAAGACUAGAGUGAAUAUUAUUUGUCAAAGAUUAAGUGUUCAAACGUAAAAUCCAUGCCGAUAGAUGUACCUCGUGAUUUUGUUACCUUGCUAAUAUUAUUAAAAUGCAAUUUUAAUAUCUA